AGAGGCUCCACCGCAACGCGAAGCCCACACAGCCGCUCGCUCCGGUCCGCCCCUCCUCUGGUCUGUCACGCUCGGCGGCUCCUCCGAGAGGCUCCUCUCUUCCUCCCGCAGCUGCACGCCGCGAGCAGGAGGCGGCGGGAGCGGAGGGAGCUGCCGCGGCUCUCCGCCGCCUGUCCCCCGGUUGAAUAUUACAGCUUCACUUGUACCUGGGCUUUUCCCACUGAUGUCCAACACGCAGUAGACAUUCCAAACAAUAUUUGGCAGGUGCCCUUUCAGCUUAACAGCAAUCCUUCUUUGAUACAGGAUGGAGGACACAUACAAAGACAGGACUUCACUAGUGAAAGGGGCCAAAGAUAUUGCUAAAGAGGUGAAGAGGCAAGCUGUGAAAAAAGUGAAUAAAGCAGUUGAUAAAGCCCAGGAUGGCUACACACAGAGGUCCUACAAUCGAUUCCAGGAUGAGGAAGAUGAUGAUGAUUACUACGGCCAAGGAGGAAAUUAUGGUGUAGAAGCUAAUGAUGAUGAAGGAUCAAGUGAAGCAACUGAAGGACAUGAUGAAGAUGAUGAAAUUUAUGAAGGGGAGUAUCAAGGAAUCCCCAACAUGGGGCAGGGCAAGGGUGACAUGGUGUCCUUAGGGCAGUCUAUGCGUGAUGAAUACAAGGAUCGUCAUGAACUGGAAACAGAGAGGAAAGCUGAUGAAGAAGAGCUAGCACAGCAAUAUGAACUGAUAAUACAAGAAUGUGGCCAUGGUCGUUUCCAGUGGGCCCUCUUCUUUGUGUUAGGAAUGGCCCUAAUGGCUGAUGGCGUUGAAGUGUUUGUAGUUGGAUUUGUGUUGCCCAGUGCUGAAACAGAUAUGUGUAUACCCAAUUCUGGAUCAGGAUGGCUUGGUAGCAUAGUGUACCUUGGGAUGAUGGUGGGGGCAUUCUUCUGGGGAGGCUUGGCAGACAAGGUGGGAAGGAGACAAUCACUCCUGAUAUGCAUGUCUGUCAAUGGAUUCUUUGCCUUCCUUUCAUCCUUUGUCCAGGGCUAUGGCUUCUUCCUCUUCUGUCGCUUGUUUUCUGGAUUUGGGAUUGGUGGAGCUAUGCCAACAGUUUUCUCCUAUUUUUCGGAAGUGCUUGCUCGGGAGAAACGAGGUGAACACCUGAGCUGGCUCUGUAUGUUUUGGAUGAUUGGUGGCAUCUACGCUUCCGCAAUGGCUUGGGCAAUAAUUCCUCAUUAUGGAUGGAGUUUCAGCAUGGGCUCUGCCUACCAGUUCCACAGCUGGCGAGUAUUUGUGAUUGUCUGUGCACUGCCUUGUGUCUCUUCUGUGGUUGCCCUCACCUUUAUGCCGGAAAGCCCACGGUUCCUGCUGGAGGUAGGAAAACAUGAUGAAGCUUGGAUGAUACUCAAGCAAAUUCAUGACACAAACAUGCGUGCUCGUGGCCAGCCCGAGAAAGUCUUCACUGUUACCAGAAUUAAAACACCCAAGCAGAUAGAUGAGCUCAUAGAAAUAGAGAGCGAUACUGGAACUUGGUACAGGAGGUGUUUUGUAAGAAUCCGCACGGAGCUCUACGGUAUUUGGCUGACAUUUAUGCGAUGCUUCAACUACCCAGUGAAGGAUAAUACGAUCAAACUUACAGCUGUGUGGUUCACCCUGUCUUUUGGCUACUAUGGCUUAUCUGUCUGGUUUCCUGAUGUCAUUAAACAUCUGCAGUCAGACGAGUACGCAUCCCGAGUGAAACAUUUCCGCAAUGAGGAGGUCUCACAUUUCGUCUUCAACUUCACACUGGAAAAUCAGAUUCACAGCAAUGGAGAAUACAUCAAUGACAGGUUUAUUAUGAUGAAGUUUAAAUCAGUAACCUUUGAAGAUUCACUCUUUAAGAACUGUGUUUUUGAAGACAUUACUUCACUGAAUACAUACUUCAGGAACUGUACUUUUGUGAAUACCACCUUCUACAACACAGAUCUCGAGCAGUAUAAAUUUGUUGACAGUGAAUUGAUAAAUUGCACAUUUUUUCACAUCAGGACAGGAUGCCAGAUUUCUUUUGAUGAUGACUACAGUGCCUACUGGAUCUACUUUGUUAAUUUCCUGGGAACUUUGGCAGUGUUACCAGGAAAUAUUGUGUCUGCUCUCCUGAUGGAUAGAAUAGGACGGUUAACGAUGCUAGGUGGUUCCAUGGUUCUUUCUGGCAUCAGCUGUUUUUUCCUGUGGUUUGGGACCAGUGAAUCCAUGAUGAUAGGUAUGCUGUGCCUCUACAACGGCCUCACCAUCUCAGCAUGGAACUCUCUGGAUGUCAUUACUGUGGAGCUCUAUCCUACAGACAGAAGGGCAACAGGCUUUGGCUUUUUGAAUGCACUAUGCAAAGCUGCAGCUGUACUUGGAAACCUAAUAUUCGGUUCCCUUGUUGGUAUCACCAAAGCAAUCCCUAUUCUCCUUGCUUCUACGGUUCUCGUAUGUGGAGGUCUGGUAGGACUUCGCCUUCCUGAUACAAGAACCCAGGUGUUGAUGUAACUGGAAAAAACAUUCACUAUUUAUUUCCUUCUUUGUACAAAUGUCUGAUGGUGCAAAGGCUUCAGAUUCUCAACACACAGUAGAGUGCUCAAAUGUCAGAAAUCAAACCCAGAAGAUGCUUUUGAGUAGCAGAGAUUCAGCAAUCUCUGCAUGAAAGUUCUAAAUUUCAGUUUUGUUUGCUUGCAUUUCUUGCUAUUCAAACAUAUUUCACUUCAAAGUGCAAAGCUACCUCUUAAAACAGUUUUGGUGACAUAUCCAGGAAGGCGAAAACCAUGCUGAUAAUUAGAUAUUUAAAAUGUAAGUAGUAAAAUUGUUUCAAAAACACAUGCUAAAUUUGUCUCUGGCAUUGUGAGCUUUAGUAACAGUACAGACAUGCAAGUCAAUUACUUGGCAGUAUUGGUGCAGGGAAUGUUAAUGUAUCAAUGCAUGCAGCAUUUAUCAGGAAACUCAACUGAUUGCAUCAGUACUGGGAACAGAGACUUUCUGCAGCCGUGCUUAGGUGGGAAAAACUCAUGACGAUGACUCUUUCUUGGGAAACAUUUUUAUACAGAUUCAAUCGAAGUAAAGAUUACCAACUACACCCCAUACUGGCUGAGGAGAAGGCAACAGCUACUGCAGGGAAUUUGAAAGUCCAUAUAUGUAUGCAACAGAGAGAAUGACAAAAUUAACAUUUUCCCUUUUUGCUGCUGAUGCUCCAGAAAAAAAUUGUUUUAUCUUCACUUGUUGCAUCUGGAAUGUUUUUUUCCAUUUUAAAUAGUGAAUGUGUCUUAUUCCAGGAAUGAAUGAGUGAAUGCAAAUAGUUUUGCUGUUGUUAGUGUGAAUAAAGGAAGAAUCAAGCCAUUGAACUAUAUGAUAAGAAAGAUACUUUCAGAGGUUUAUUUGGAAUUUAUAUAUGUAAAUACCUUAAUUUUUUCAUAGUUUCUACACUUCUCAAUAUAACCAUCUUCUUGGCUGAUUUUUAAUAGUUUCAGAAAUGUCUGGCCACUUAAUAUUUUUAAAUAUCUUCUUGAAAAGACACUAAGAAAUAAGCCAUGGCAAGGCUGCAGGGAGCAGUAAUGUUUUUUUUUAGACCAAGUGCAUAGGUGGAAAGCAAAUGGCAGUAAACAUUCCUUCUGUGCUGUGGGCUGUUCUGAUUACUGGAAAAUUCCCCAUCAUCAUAAUGAUAUGCAAAAGGUUAUGGGGAUCUCUUUAAAAUAUCAGCAUUUCAAAUUUAAUACAGAUACAUUAUAAAAUUAUCAAAGAAAAGAGGCAGAUGCUCUGAUGACAAAAAUUGACAUUGCUUCCAGUGGAGCUAAGACAGCUUGUAUCAGCUGAUUAACUAUCUGCAGUUUCAAGUGUCAAAUAACAAAUUUGCUAUAAAACAUAUGGAAAAUUUUAUUCAGUAUUUUUUUUUUCUAAUUAUGCCUGACAGCAUUUUUUAGGUAGAUGAAUCACUGACAGAUGAUUUUUCUCUUGCUCUUAGAUGUGAACUUGGAAUUGGGUAGUAAUAUCUGGCGGUAGAGUCUUUAUCGUUCAUCAUCUUAGUCAUAUUAAAAUAGUCAGUAAAUGUCUAUGUAAGAACAUCAUUCAGCACAUUUAUAAUUCACUGAUUAAUCUACUGAUUCUAGAAGUGACAUUUUCAGUUACUAACAAAAUGUUUGUAACUACGCAUGGUAGCACAAAAAAUGUUAGCCCAAGAUGUUGUUUUCUCCUAUGAAAUGAGAAAAUUGGCAGAAUUAAGAAAGCAGGUGUAUGAAAAACUGGGGGACAUUAUUUUGAUGCUGAUAAUUUAAAUAUGCUAUAGUAAGAAAAAAGUUUAGGAAGUGUAUUUAUUUUGGAGUGUUAAGAUAUUUGAGAUUAAAUAUUUUGUGUUUAAAUCUGACUUAGACAUGCCUCUUAAAUUUCUAAACUAUGCUAAUAAAUGAGAAAGAAUUAUUGUUCCCUAAGUUCUAGAACAAAAUUCUUUCCUUAGUUUUCCAUCUGUGGCUUUUGUCCACUAGUCACAGCCUUAAUAUUAUUCUAAGGCUGUUUCCUACAACUAAUAAUAUAUUUGAGACCCUUUCCUCCGUACAAUUCAUUAGUAGCACAUGUUCAACUCCUUGCACGUACUGCACAAGUUAUUUUGAAAUCUGAAGCCUCUGUACAUAUUUGGAGUAAACAUCAACAACAAUGGUAAAAUAUUGCUUUGUGUUGCUAUGCACUGUCCUCUUGCAGUAGUAUAUUCUGUCCAUCUCUGCAUGUAAUUCCCAUAACACUCAGAUACGACACCUCACACCUUCUGACCAGCUUGAAGGAAAUGGGCCACAGAAAAACAAUAUUCAUCUUUUGAGGGCUAUGAUUCAAGUUUAACACCCUCUAAUCUCACGACAUGUAAAAUUAUGUUGAUUUUGGUGUUGGUUUUACCGUAAAUCCUGACUAUAUCAUAGAUCUGUGAUUAAGUCUGGAUGAAGUGGAAUGUAGCAACCACAGGAAUUAGCAGAGAUUUUUAAAAAUGGGCACAGCAUGAUCCAGAAUUAAAAUGUUGUAAGGCAGAAAAAAAGAAUAAUGGGUAGGAAUUGGAAGAAUAAGUAAAUUAAAGAGAUGAACAAAGGAAAAAAAAAAAACAAGGACAAUUCCAACAUAUGAAACAAAAACCUAAAGUUAGAAUUUUCCUAGAUGGUAAGCUAGCUGGCUCAACAGAUUUGAGCUAUUGUGCAAGCCAACACAAAGCCGUUUGAACAAUGAAUAGUUUUUGCUUGAGCGCAGUAAAGAUUUAUUUCAUAAAGACAAAAGAGUGAAUGCAAUUUCAUGCUAUAAAUGACUUGAUGAGAUAGGUGAAAUCCACAGACUGGAAGAGAAAUCUAUGGAGAUCUGGACACAAAUGUUACUCACAUUAAAAGCAAAAGUAAUUUGACUGGUCUUCAACAAAUCUGUCUUUUCUUGCAGCCUCCAAAGCAAUCACAGGUAAUAAAUAUUGAACAGAAGGAUCUGCACUUCCUUUCUAUGUCUAUUCGCUUACAUGUCACACAAAGAAUCACUUAGGGGCAUGGCUAGAUUCCUAAUACACCAGAGAGAAGAAAACUUAAUAGCAUUUGUGUUUUACAGUUACAAAACAUACGUAAUCAAAACUGCUUAUUUGUCUGUUUUAAUCGCAGAACUGACUGCUACCUAGAAACCCCAUCAGUCUAAACUGAAGCAGGAUAUUAUAACAUCUAGGAAUUUUCUGUGCAGUUGAAAAUCUCACCCCAAUGGCAGCAAUGACAAAAAGCACAGCGGCUCCUGAAAAUACACAAGGCUCUCACAGCACUUAGAAUGCUGUUAACCAUGACAGUCAACUAUUCUGAAAUUUGGAAACUGUCCACAAAAGAGACCACAUGUUUUCAUUUUUGGCAAGAAAAUUUUAUUUGAAUUAGUUUUACUCCUUACAGGUUGUCUAAUAGUAGAACUUGACUUAGCAGACUCUCAUUUCUUGAAAGCAUCUUAUUCAUCAUGUCAGUGUGCUUUGGCCAGCUUGGUUAUAUCCAUGCUAGCUCCUUGUUUCUUGGAAGCAUGUGCUACAACAUUUGGGAACCAUUGCGUUGGUUGUUGAGUACAGGCUCCUAGAAAGGGAAGUAGGAAAAUAUGUUCACAGUGGAGAGCUGAACAGGAAAGGUAAUGAAAGAUUUCCUGGGAAACCUUCUUCCUCUAUGCUCGAUUUUAACUCUGUUCCCUUACAGAGUUGUGUACUACAGAAGCUGGGCACUGAUGGAAAAGAGUUAGCUCUCCUUCCGGAUGGCUCCAGUAGUCUACUCCUCCUUAAUCAUUUUGGGAAUAUGGGUGAAAGUUAAGGUUGCUAACUCAAGCUCUUGCUCUCUCUUUUUGCCAUUCCAUUCAUUCCAUCCCAAAUUACUUUUCUUACUAGGAGUAAGAAGCCUUAAGAUAGUCAAAACUCUCCCACCUGCUUCUGGCUUCCCAGUAACAUCCAGUAAGAAGUUUUGUUACGUAUCUUUGGCAUUUUGGUUAUGCAAAGCAGCCUUAGAAGUCCUUCUGAGUAUGAAUCUCCCCUUUUGAGAUAGCCAGACUCCACAUUUCCUGAUCUAUCAAGAAGGCUGGCCUAAUACGAGGAGAAAUGUCCUCUCAGAAUGGCCUGUGUUGACCCCCUGAUUUGAGGGAAUCUUCUUGCUUGUGCACCUAGCUCAUCUUCGUUUGGAGGAAAUUGCAUUCUGUAUUCCUUUUUUUCUUUUUUCUACGACCUUAUCUUUUGUGUAACUGCUCUUGAGGCACAACAGUGGAUACCAAUUCUCAGCAAAGUAACAUAGUCCUCAGCCCCUCAUAUGGACAGCCUCUGUGUGCUAGGCUUUAUCUCCCUUCCCCAUUCUGAGUUUUAAAUUACUCUUCAUUAGUCAGAGAAAGAUGUUUACAUCCACUCACACCUCUUUUCCUAAACAAGAUGAUAUCAUGCUAAUACAACCUACAAGCCAUGUUUCCUGUUUAAUAACCUGGAAAUGCAAUUGAAAUUUCAAUCACAACAUUAAAAAAUGAAUCCUUGCACUCAGGGGGUCAAAGACACAAGAAGUGAAAACAGAAAUGCUCCACUUCCUCUGGUGUUUUGAAAGAAAACACAUGUUCAGUAAUCAUAUUCCAGAAGAAAACACAUCUGAGAGGCUGCUUUUCUGUAUUUCCUGCCUUCUUGUUCAUUAAACUUACUGUAAAAUAUUAGGUAUGUGCCUGCAUUAGUACUUUUGAAUGCUGCUAGUUGAGAAAACACAGCAUGAAAAUACAGACUUUUGCUUGUACUUUCAAGGUGAGACAUGGUUCAGGCAAUGAUGUGGAAUUAGAAGAGACAUGUUAGCCAGAAAAAUCUGGAACUCAGUUCAAAACCUGAAUUAAAUUGAAAGCAUCAACUUAUAAUGCUACUUGCAGAUCUCACUUACCUUCAUUUAACCUCACAUAGUCUACAAACAGUCCAUGUGCUGCUAUCAGCCUCAUUUGCUUUCUCCUAAAAAUUUCAGAAGUACUGCAAAAUAAAUAAUUUGGAUUCACUAGAUUCACUAUGGAUUCAUUAUCAUUAGCUGCCUCUUUUUUUUUUUUUUUUUUUUUUUUUUGUAGAGGUAAAUUUCCUAUUCCUUCCUGCAAAGAGGAAAGAUUCCUUCAAAAUUUAGUCCCACUCUAGCUGUGUAAGAUUGUCAUAUAGAAUUUCAUCCACAUUCAGGACCUGUUUUUUAAUGAAGUAACUUAGUAUGUAAAAAGCAGCAAAAAGAUAAAUUAGGCCUGGUUUAUUUACUUUUCUUAUUAAACAUUUUGUUGAAUUAUGUACCAAGAUUCUGGCCUGUAAUAUGGAGUUCUGGGCCUUGGAAAACAUCCUGUGGCACUCAAAAUGAGCAAAGCAGUAAUUUUCAGCAGUCUACUCCCACAAGACACACACGAGUUACAUUUAAUAGGGACCAAAACACUUAGGGAAAGGCACAGUGCUUUCUAGGGUAAACAAUCUAUUCUCUUUGACAAAGGUCUAGAACAUAUUGCUCACUUCAGACCACUGCACAGUCUGAUAACCAAAGAUUGGAGAUUACUUAACAACAGAAGUAUUUGGGUAAGGAUGACCUGACAUGAAAGUAUUGUUCUUUCUACCCAGGGUACUCAUGGAUAUACAUUUUAAUGCCACAUAACCAAGAUGAUUUGUAGAGACCUUGCCCCUGCUCUGGCCAUCAACACAUUUAAGUUGUAGUCAGACAUAUCAAUCCACAAGUGAGAGAGAAAGUGAGGGAGAAAAAGAGCUGGCAGGCACUUUCAGCACUCUUUUCACAGCUGUCCACCUAAGAUAAUUUCUCUUGGAUCCUAAGGAUCUGGGUUUUUUGCUUAGGUUUCUGCUUUCUAAUUUUGGACAUCUACCACAUUCAGUGGUCCAGUUUUCACCAGUAGUCGUGACCAAGCAGGCUGAAACUGCUUUAAUGCUAAAGGACAACACUCACAGCUCAUUUACUCUGCAAGAGUCCAGUGUCAUAUGUGUUGUUCCAGUUUCAUUUGUUGUCGGGCACUAGAGUUGUCGGCUAACACUUCUCUUGUACGAUUCUGCAUGUAUUCUUAUCUAUAAGAUAUGUCUUCUAUCCUCUUAAUGUCUGCCUUGUAUGACCAGAUGUAUGCCCAUCCCCCACUGGCUAUGUGCUAAAAGUAUUUUGUGAAUCUUAUGUGGGUCUGACCGACCCAGUUAAAAGCUGAUCCUUCAAAAGAAGAGGGUUGGGAAAAAUAAUGAAAUGGAAUCAAAUUAAAUGUAAGCAAUGAAGAGUUAUAGUUCAAGGUAUAGGCUUCAAUUAUUUUUAUUUUUUCAGAUGUUUUCUUCACAUCCUAGCCUGAAGCUAUAUAUAAUAUUGUAUAUUGUAAAGAAGUAGUACACAGUUAGGAGUGAACACGUAUGCAGACAUAUGUGGGUGAGUAUACACACAUAUGGACACACUCACCUCUAUAAACACUGGCGAAUGUUAAACUUACAAACCGUGUUCUCAUCUCUUCCUCCGUGACGUUACUGUCUUUAUUUUGCAUUGUGCUUUGAACACAAACAACACCCUGCUCCAUUCCACGUGCAGAAACCUUUACUUAUUCAUGUGCAAAAUUGUUGGGAUGCCAACAGUCGUCCCAACUGGCCAUUAGCUUCCAGUCAUUGGAAGGGGAUUCCAAAAAUGGUCUGAAAAAUGAGCUUUGACUUAGCUGUUGCCUUCCCCUGCCUGCCCAGCCCACCCUCCUGCCCCACCACACUGUGCCAAACAGCAAAGCGGCGCAUCACACAAAGACAUUGGUGUUCCAGUGACUAGGAGACACAGCACUCUCAGAUACAUAAACUCCUGAAAGCUAUGGAUUUUGUCUUAUUCAACCAAAAGGCCUUCAAAAUGGUCCAUGGGGAUAUCAACAUGCUAUCUUCUGUGUAACGUAUGAGAAAAUGUCUGUGUUUUUCUGUAUUGUAUGUUUUUCAUUGUUUCUGCAUAUACGGCUGCUGUUGUUCUAGUGAUGUGGUUAAAGAAUUAUUUGCUGCUGUUCUUAUCAGAAAUUUUUGACCAGCCUGAAACAGAGCCAUUGCCAGGGUGUUACUCAAUUAAUGAUUAGCACCCAUGAAGAUCUUCUACAGUAAUUAGUGCCAUAUAAACUCAUGGAUGCUAUAAAUCAAGGCGAUCCAGGGCGAAAAUAUCAGCACAUACCCACAGACCAGUUACAGUGGAAAGAGCUCUUCCAAAAGCUCUGGCAUCUGCUACAUUUCUUCUUUGCUCUUUUCAGGAUGUUCACCCUUUGCAGUACUCUUCCUCUAGUACGGUACAUGCACUCAUGCUUCAGAAGUAAGAAAGCAGACGAAAGGGCAUAUUCCUUUCACAGGAAGGAAUGUAUAUUUGCUAUAGGAAAGCCAGCUCUAUAACAAGAUUAAAACAAACAAACCUUGGACCAACCCAAGCAGCUUGCUAUUCUUUUUUUCCCCCAUGUCUCCUAUGAGUUGAUAAACUAAAUACCAGUGCAUACCAAACCUUUGGGAGGAGACUAAGAAAGGGUAGCGAGGCUUACACGACAGUUCUUCUGGAAAGGAGGAGACCUUUCCAAGAGGAAAACGUGCAGUGAGUGAAACCACAGCAUAUAGUUUCUACUUGUGAUCGCCAACAGGCAGUUUUAAGUAGAAAAUUGUCAUUCAAAUCUAUAGCAGGAGUAGAUAAUACUACCUUUUAUAUAGACAUUUGUAAACAUAGAUUAAAAUCAAUUGCUUGGAAGAAAAAAGAGAAUAUUUAAAGAGCUACUUUCAAAACACAACCUCCCAUCAUCUCUUUGGGACAAACCUUUCAUCGCUUUCCUGUUUCUUCCUGCUGCCAAUCAUCCUAGUAUGGUGACUGAUUCCUUUAGUGCCUCACUAAUGAAAUGAAAGGCUGUAUUGACCUUUGCAACAGAAAUUGAGAGCAGGCAUAAAAUUAGCACUGUACGAAACCUAGUUCAUUUAUGAAUUUUUUUAAAAAUGCCCCAAGCUGCGAGUGUCUGCCUGCAAUGACAAGUCUUCCAAGUGGUUUAGGAUCCUACAAAGUGUUACAUGAGAGAAGCUUUGUAUGUGUAAUCUGAUCCCUGCUUAAAUCAGUGAAGCAAUUUUUUAGGAUCAGGAUCCCAGUUUUGUAUUUCAAAAAUAUCAAGUAUGUGACUGUGUAUAUUGCCAUGCUGGAAUUGCUAUUGUGAGAGAAAUGUGGGUUUUUUCAGCCCUUUUUUAAAGAUAAAUUAUUUUUCCUAUGAAUGUAGCAUUUCACAAACAUUAAAAGAGUUUUAAUAGCAAUGCUGAAAGCUAAGUGAAUCAACUGGCAACGAACGUAUUUUAACCAUUUUCUACAGAAUAUUGUAUUAAAAACCCCAAUUAAAUUAUAUAUAUAUAUAAAAGCUGUAUUACCUUCAACUGCACAACUUUGUGACAACUAAAUUGUAUCUCACACUUGGCCUCAAAUAUAUGUAGGAAUACACUGUAUAAAAUUAGAUGUUUUUUUAAGUGGGCAGUUUCCAUGGCAGUGUAAUGGCAUACGUGCAGAAGUCAGGUAUCAAGGAUGAGGUACCAAAGUAGAGCUCUUGGCCUUCGCUGCAACUUACUGGUAAGGCUACCAAUUUUCUUUAAAAACUUGUUAGACUUUUGCUUUCACUGAGAUUUAUUGGCAUUGUCAGGUUGCUGACCUUCUUAAAAACCUGUUAGCAUUUUCUAAUGCUCAGCAACAGAAGGAAAAGAUGCAUUCUUUCCUAGGUUUUUUUGCAGUUAUUUCCUGUUCCCAGUUUCUGCUCCUAAACUUCCACUCAAAUUUCCAGCUGCUCUGCCAGCUGACUGGCCAUACCAUUUUUCAGAUAGUCUUCAGUCUACAAACACACAGGUACGUUAGUGGGCAUAUGUUGUCUAGAAAAUCAUUACCAUUUCUGACAAUCCCCAUUUCUCAAUGCAAGGUAACAUGUACAUAUUGUAUAUACGGGUAACAAGCUACUUUAAAGUUGAAUUGCUGUUUGAACAUGGGAAUUCGACUUCAGAUCUGCUAAUCUGCAUCAAGAUCUUGGCAAUGGUCCUGACCUCUCUGUUUCUUUCUUUGUUUCCUUUACUGCUGUGUGCACCUGGAAAGCAGGUUACGGUCAUCACUAGUGUAUAUAUGUGUUUGCAUGUGUGUGCCUUGAUAAAUCCUCUUUUGGAGUUCGGAAUUUUUCAUUUCAAGUCCAGCUGGUACAAUUGUGAGCUCAUUUUUCCAGUAUCCUCCUCUGUGUCAAAUUGCCAGCUUCCAAAAUGUUUGACCAAGUGUUUUGAUUAAGUCCUCUGAGGAAAGCUGUCUGGAUAUUUGUGAAAGGGCAUGCUCUGUGUAGGAUGACUGUGUACAGUAUAAAUCUAUAAAAUGUGGAAGUGUUUAUAAAUUUAUCUGCAAAAUAUUUAUCAUCUGUGUAACAAAUGCAAAGUUAUUUAGUGUACAUCAGAUUAAUAAAUGGGGAUGAUUUUUUGCUCUGCUAUAUUAAAAUAAAGAUAUGUUCUCUGCAAUGAAUA